AUGGCUACCGUUAUCACGAUCCAGCCCUCCGGUCCCGUUACCUCACCGGCCUAUACUCAAUCCCAUUCCCCAUCAGACCAACUCCUGGCCCAGUCGACAUCCACUCCUAAUCUCUCUCCAUCCCCUAUCUCCGUCAAUUCCACUCUUCCCCACGUUUUGCAUCGGAAUGAACCCAGCUGCGACGCCUGUCUACGUAGAAAGAGCCGUUGCGCUAUGAAGGAAUCUGUCAAUAAAUGUUACUCGUGUGACUUCCACCGCCAGGAUUGCACAUUUACAGGCUACGAGGUAGCGGAAAAGAAGAGGAAACUGGAAGAUUCACAGGAUGUGGAUUCUGUAAAACGUCCCUACAUUGCACCCUCCUAUCCCAUUCCUGAAAACCAUAUCACUCGACCAAAACAGACCAGUGCUAUGAUCCGUCCAGGUUUCUUUAAUCAAACCACCCAGAAUAUUGGUCUGACCACCGAACUGGAACCAAAACUACUAGAAUAUCUGCCAUUGGACGAAUACGACGAAUGUACAGUAUCGAACUCCCGCAUCCGAAAGUGCGCAGACGACGAUUUCAGUUUUAUGCGUGUUAUGGAUACCGUAUCGAUCGGAGACUCGCACGCAAUGUCACUGGAUGCUAUCGAGAGCCUGGUUGCUCCAUAUGGCUCCACUUUGAUCGAGAAGUUCUUUGAGCACGUGCACCCUUCCUUUCCUAUAUUGAUGGAAGAUGCUUUCCGUCAGUCAUAUCGCGAACGUCGUCAACUAUUACCUAUGCUUUUGGCUGCUGUGUAUCUGUUGACCUUGAAGUUUGUGGAUUUUAGCACCACUUCGCAGACCGCUAGACGACCAGAUGCUGCCCGCUUGGAGAGUUUGGCGCUGAAAUUGCUCAUUGAAUCUCUUCCCUUCCCCAGCAUCUCCACCAUUCAAGCCGGUUUGUUGUUGACGCAAAAGUCGACACUGGCAACCGCAUCGCUGAAUGGUCAAUUAGUCACGGCUGGCUUUGAACUUGGUCUACAUCAGGAUUGUACCAACUGGCGGAUGAAGACUUGGGAAAAGGGUCUGCGGAAACGUCUGGCCUGGGCUUUGUAUCUACAGGACAAGUGGUCUUCGCUUGUUCAUGGUCGCCCUUCACAUAUAUUUGCAUUUAAUUGGACCGUAAAGGACCUCGUGGAACAGGACUUCUCGAACGCCUUCGCGUCUGGCACCGACUCUUCUCAUGACGAUGAAACUGUUGGUCAUGGCCCCCUUCUCUUCUGCCACAUGGUGGCUCUAACGACCAUUCUGUCGGAUAUUCUGGACCGCUUUUACACAUUACGAGCCAUUGAAGACUUUGCCGCUGCUGGAAACCAGCGAACACGCUUGAUACUGGAAAAGGCCAAACCAGCACAGAUCUGCCUGAAGGAGUGGUUCUCAUCCCUGCCAGCAUCGCUCAAAAUGGAGUCCUCAAACGACGAUCUGAUCGAGACCAUCACCGACGAAAAUGCCCGCAACGGUGCCCUCCACCUCGCUUAUUUCGCCACCGAGAUCACCCUGCACCGAUGCAUCGUCCGCUCUCUCGCUACAGACGGAACAGACUCGUACCUCGGUCACAUCUGUCGAUCAGCAGCGAAGACCCGCCUAAUCUCCGCUAUGGAUUUUGUCAACAGACUCCGACCUGUACAUUUACGAUCCUUUUGGCCCGCGUCCGCCCGCACCAACUUCUCACUGAUCGGCUCAUUUGGCAUGCUGCUGCGCAUCUCUGCACCAACAAACGAAGAAGCUGAGUUCUACCGUAUCCGACUCUGCGAAUACCGCUGGACUCUAGGUGUUAGCCACAAGAAUGCUGAGUUCAUGGGCUUUGCCUUGGAAAGUCUGGACAACGCCACAACCCUCAACCAACACGUUCCCCAGAAACCAGGUAUCGAGGAGUUAAUGGCAACAGCAGCCAAACAGCCCGUCUCCCGUCUCCCAACCACAACUGCAGCCUCCUACGAGGAGGUCAUGGGUGAUGUAGUUGGCGUCAUUGCCGGAAUAUCCGCUUCGUCUUCUGUCAUCUCUGGCCUAGCUUCUCCAGCCACGUCGAUGAGUGAAAUGGACGAGAAUGAUACACCAGCCCUUAUCUAA